AUGAGGGUUUUUGCUAUUUACAAGCUUGCUUGCCUGCUCUUGACGUCUCAGGCGCUGGCAUUGCCCGUGGAGCACAGCCUGGAAAAACGCGCCCAGAAUAUUAUCAUUGGGUACAGGACCGUUAGCGAAACCCAAGCAGCCCGAUACAACAGAGCUGGCACCCUUACCGAUGAUGGGAAUCUGAUUGGGACUCAGAUUGGUUCGGGCGUUUACACGACCCCUAUGCGAGGUGGCUGGCCGGGAACCUCAAGUAGCUGGUACUGUGUCAUCAUGGCGGACUCGGCUGCAAUGGACAAAGUCUACAAGGCCAGGAUCCCCCAGACAUUCAGAGACAAGAAUGUUUGGUUCCGGGGGGACGCAACCGUCGAUGCCUACAUUAAGCUUGUUGCGCCGUCUGCCAACCCGAAAAAGACUAUCCGUAUUUCCAAGAUCUCCGGUAACGAGGACGAGCUCCAAAUGGUUAUUCCUCCCGGUCUUCUCAACUCCAACAGGGGUGGCUUGGGCAUCACUGCUUCCUGCAAGGAGACUAUAGACGAGCUACCUGCAGUCAUCGUCGACUACGACGAUUGGGUCAAGGUUUUCGGGUCGCCUUGA